AUGGACAAGAAUGCAAGGACGUGCCCAGACUCCACUAAGAGAAUGCAAGACAUCGAUGCUGGAGACGAAAAGACGGCGAGUGCCCCCGGCGACAAGCGGCACGUGUGCCAGGAGUGCGGGAAGCGCUUCCCCCGGCACUUCAACCUGGCGAGGCACUCCAAGACGCACACGGGCGAGAAGCCGCACGUGUGCCUUGAGUGCGGUAAGCGGUUCGCGACCGCCUACAAACUGCACUUACACGCGAGGAUGCACACGGGCGAGAGGCCUUACGUGUGCCAGGAGUGCGGGAAAGCGUUUAACCAGGCCUCCACCGUGAAGAGGCACGCGAGGACGCACACGGGCGAGAGGCCUUACGUGUGCCAGGAGUGCGGGAAAGGGUUUACUCAGGCCUGCACCUUGAAGAGCGGCAGUCGCAUUCUGUGA